GGACUCCAGCAGCAGCAGCUAGCUGGCUGGCUAGGGCGUUGCUAGCGGCAGAAAGUGGGGUUUUGCACCAUUUACACAACUUCAGGCCAAAUCCCGGAGAGCUCUCGUGUCGGGGAAAAGCGGCGCUCUGUGUUUCCCGCAAGUUGCAAGACUCCUGGUGGAUUUUCUUGCCGUUUUCCGAGGACUGCUCGCGACUUUCUGCCCCGUUAGCUGGCCGGAUAGCCUAGCCUGUUUCCAUCCACGGGAAUUGUGCCGAGAAACGAGUGGAUUCUGGAAACAUGGAGUCAAGGAAGGCUGCGACGCCGUGAUUUGUUCCCCCUCCAUCGUCGAGGAAACUUUUUAAUUCAUAUCUUUUGGGAAGAGCCGGUGAAACCGAUGCGCUGUGGAGAUAUUUUGCUGGACUCGACUCAUUGUUGUCGAUGGGACUUUGCAUAGUUUGACGCGAAGUUUUUUUUUUUUUUUUGGUUUUCGCUGAAAGAGCUCGUCUGUUUCGUUCGCUGGCAAACUAUACGUGGCGAGACGCGCUCUGCGUUUGUUUUAUCCUGCUUUGUCAGAGAGCCUUUUUUGGAUAGUUAUUUCAACCAGCCCAUGGUCACGGGAGAACCGUCGUCCGCGCAGCCACAGACAGGCGCCUUUGGGAGCAGGGGAUACCAGAUGGGACUGCAGGAAUUCCCAGCAUCUUUAAAGACCAGUUAGUCGCCGCGACCGUCGAGCCGAGCGCGGGGUGGUGGCAGACGGACCACAUCGCCGAGUCAAGGCGGCUGCUGCUGCUGCUGCUUCCCUGGAUGUCGGCGAAACACCGGAGCUUCACCGCUAGAGGAUCCACACGCGGAGUUCACAUAGGCGCAGUGUUUGCUCCCCAAAUAUUCUGUUGAUCAGGAUCCAGUCCGUCUGCGCAGCUCACCCGCAGGAGGCCCCGGUCAUUUUUUCAGGUGUAUAUUCUGCGUCUGUUGUGCUUUGACAAGAGGUAGCCGCGUUGCCAAUUCUUGCCGUGCCACAUCGCUUCCUGCAAGUCAUUUAUUCCCCAUCACCCUCGCGAUUGUCCUCCUUGGCUGCUGGAGACGAAUUCAUGAAAAGGACACUCCAUGACAUCGGACCGUCACACUCUGGAAAAUGCUCAUCGGAUAUAUCUGGUUAAAAAUCUAGACCCGGAAGCCCAAUGAGUGACACACAGUCCAGCUUCACUGACAGGUUUCCCAAGAAAGCAAACAGAACCAGCAGCAUUCUAAGUAAAGACCACCCUCCAGACAAGAAGCCCAAAAGUGACAAAACUUCACUUUCGUCUAAUGAGUUCGACCCUACAGAAGCUCUGGUGGUGCAGAAGAGUGGCAGCAGCAGUGUGAUAGCAGAAGGGAAGCCUGAGUCCUGUGGUCUGGUCCAGAGAUGUGUCAUCAUCCAGAAAGAUGAAAAUGGCUUUGGGCUCACUGUUAGCGGUGACAACCCGGUGUUUGUGCAGCUUGUUAAAAAAGAUGGAGCCGCCAUGCGGGCAGGUGUUCAGACAGGCGACAGGAUCAUCAAGGUCAAUGGAACUCUUGUGACACAAUCUAAUCACAUUGAGGUGGUGAAGCUUAUCAAAUCGGGCUCCUAUGUGGCCCUCACAGUCCUGGGUCGCCCUCCAGGGCUUGCCCAGAUCCCUUUGUCAGAAGCUGAAUCUGAAAUGUUGGGCGUUAGUAUUUCCUCCCCGAACUCCCCAGCAACAGAACGCCCGUACAGUCCUCAGACCCGGCUCUCCUCCACACACCCGCCAUGGGCCAUGAAGGAGGAGUACGGCAGGAACCCCUCCCCCAAACUACUGAAAGACAGCCAGGACACUAAAAAACACAUUCCUCAGCCACAGGGUCAGCCCUUCAAGUCCACAGGGCUGUCACAGGAGGCCACUUCAAGUGGCGACGGAGAUGAUGGUUGCAUACCUGAGACAGAGCACACACCUUUUAAGGGAGAGCACGGUACAGACUUGUCUUGGACAAGUACUCCUAUUUCUGGUGGACUUGGGCUGAGCUCCCCAGAUAGUGUUUACCCAAGAGACUCAUCCUGUCCAAGUCCAAAAGGGACGCCCAGGAACAGUUUCAACUCCUGCCACUCCCCAGACGCAGAGGAUACCACUGAUCUGGAUUCUCUGUCUCCCACUGCUGUCAGCAGCCCUUCCUCUCGCCUUCCUGCGCGAAUCAUUGGCGCUGAAGAUGAUUACUUUGAUUCAGACCAAGAACAGGCGAACGGUCAGUGCAACCGCUUCAGCAGCAUGGAGCAACUUAAGUCUCGGCCGGCUCACCUGGCAGCUUUCCUGCAUCACGUCAUCUCUCAAUUCGAUCCAGCUCCUCUGCUGUGCUACCUCUACGCUGACCUGUACAAACAGACCAACUCCAAAGAGACAAGACGGGUGUUCAUGGACCUCCACACCUUCUUCAUUGACCGUGGAGCAAACUUGAAAGUUCCAGUUCCUGAAUCCAUAUCUGCUGACCUAGAUCGACGACGGACAGAGUUGAUACCAGAGGAAAUAAACCGACAACAUGUUCAAACCCUGCAAGAGUCCUUGCUUCCUGACAUUCAGAAAAACCUGGAAGAUUUUAGGCAGAAGCGCAGUAUGGGUCUGACUGUAGCAGAAGUGGAGCUGACCAGACUGGACCAGGAGUGUGUGCGCGAUCGCGUCACGCUCGAACGCGAGCGCUCCUAUGCCGAAAACAUUAUCACGAAGAUAGAGGACAUCUUGGUCUCUACACAAAAUACAGAGGAAGAAAAGUGCACUACAAUGCAGUAUGUCAUCUAUACAUACAUGAAGCACCUUGGUGUGAGGGUCAAAGAACCUCGCAGCCUGGAGUCCAAACGGGUUCGGAUCAACUUCCUGCCCAAGAUCAAGAAAACCAUCAAGCCUGAAAAAGAAGGAGAAGAGAAGGUUAAAAAACCUAGAUUUCCCAGCAUCCUUGGACCUCAGCGGAGACCCAGUCGUAUUGAAGCAGCUUCAGUGGGCAAAGCCCUCGACGGUCGCCCUCGGCCUCAGAAGCAGUUAUCUCAGCCUUCUCUGGGGGCGAACGAUCACUCCGAGUCCGUACGCUUGAGAGGCAGCCAAUCCAGCGAGGGCUCGGAGCUCACACACUCCACAUCGAUCAACACGUCCUCCCCGAACAGCGUCACCCAUAGCUCAGACGUGAGCAGAGAUGCUGACAUAGGUGGGACACCAACCUCUGGACCGUCAAGGUUGAGCGAUGGCCUCCCCUCUGACGCUCUGGAUGGCUUAUCGUACCCUCCAACACACCUGGACUUGUACAGCCUUGACCAGCUGCAGGAGGAUGAUCGAGAAAUUGAAAGAGCUCAUGAUGGAACACCAAAAGCUCUGAGAAGGGUGGAAGGCCUGGGCGCCGCAGAUGUCCAGAGUGAGGACGAUCAAGGAACCGACUCGGAGCACGACCCGCCCAACUGGCAGCAACUUGUUGGGCGGGAAGUCUUGGCCGGUCUGAGGCCUCAUGAGAUCAAGAGACAAGAAGUCAUAAAUGAACUCUUUCACACAGAGCGUGCUCAUGUGCGAAUGCUGAAGGUGUUGGAUCACGUCUUCUACCAGAAGCUUUCAAAAGACUCCAUCUUGCCCACCGCAGACGUCAGGAACAUCUUUACCAACCUGGAGGAGAUUCUGCAGCUACAUGUCACAAUACUGGAGAAAAUGGCAGCCAUUCGGAAGAGAAAUGAGUCCUCAGUAAUUGAUCAGAUAGGAGAUGACUUGCUCUCAUGGUUCAGUGGCGGAGAGGAAGAGAAGAUCAAGCUGGCGGUGGGGACGUUCUGCAGCAACCAGCCUUUCGCUCUGGAGAUCAUCAAGAGCAAGCAGAAGAAAGACUCGCGCUUCGCCUCCUUCAUCCAGGAGGCCGAGAGUAACAGACUGUGUCGGCGGCUGCAGCUGAAGGACAUCAUCCCUGUGGAGAUGCAGCGACUCACCAAGUACCCGCUUCUACUGGACAACAUCGCCAAGUACACAGAUAACACUGUGGAGAAGGAUAAAGUGAAACAGGCUGCAGAUUGUUGCAGAAAGAUCCUCAAUCAUGUCAACCAGGCUGUGAAGGAAUCGGAGGACAAGCAGAGGUUGGAAGACUACCAGAGACGGCUGGACCUCUCCUCCUUAAAACAGACAGACAACCCCAUGAUCCUGGAGCUCAAGAACCUCGAUCUUACCAAGAAAACGAUGGUCCACGAGGGUCCUCUCUCAUGGAAAGUGAACAAGGACAAAACAAUAGAGCUGUACACUCUCCUCCUGGAGGACAUCUUGGUUCUGUUACAAAAACAAGACGAGCGUCUGAUCCUCAAGUGUCACAGCAAGAACUUGGCAGGGACGGCGGACACCAAACACAUCUUCAGUCCCAUCAUCAAGCUCAACUCUGUGCUGGUGCGCUCGGUGGCCACAGACAACAAGUCCUUCUUCGUCCUCUCCAUGUCAGACAAUGGUGCUCAGAUCUACGAGCUGAUGGCUCCGACUGUCUCCGAUCAGAGAACGUGGCAGCGUUUAAUCACCCAGAGAGCUGAUGCCAUGAAAGUCAAGCCUCACAGCGUCAUCCCGUUACCUCAGACCGAUGUGGAGAGAGACGGCGUGGACAUCAUCACUGCCGGGGUCUCCAGGCUGAGCAAGGAUCCGGACCGCACUUCCACCGGCAGCACGCAGUCUUCAGACAAAGAGGGCAGUCCGGCCGUCAGGGCUGUGAUGCAGUGCUCCAACCCCUUUGAGGUGGUGAAGGCCGAGGAAGAGGAGGAGGAAGGUUUUGUGGACCCGGAACUUCCCUUCCAAGUGAGCGACGACAGCAGAGAAGGCGACUUUUUCAACCAGUUCCCCUCCAGAGCAGAUGAAGCUCUAAAAACAUUGGCAGCAUUGAAACAGGCCUUGGUGACCCAGCUCAUGUCGCAGGAGGCCGCGGAGAGGAACAAGAGGUCCACAGGGGCUCGUCUUCUCAGGACCACCUCUCUGAGGACCCCUGUGGAGAAGUGUGCGCGGGUGUUGGUCCACAAUGGCUCCGAGAGGAACAGCACCCAGACAGAGGACCUGGCUCAGGACCUGGGCUCAGGGGACACGGGCUUCUUCGACUCUCCUGAGGACUAUGCAGGUUACCUAGUCCUGGAGGGCUACGGUGGUGCAGGCGAAAGCAGCACGGACGACGACAUCCUGGCAGCCACCACAGGGAAGCAGCUCAGCACCUCGCAGGGCUGCGCCGCCGACUCCGGCAUCAACUUGAGGUUCUCCUCGGCGUCUCACGCCGGCAGCCUCUCUACCUUCAGCAGACAAGUCCUGUCUCACCUCAGAAGCCUCCAGAGCAACUUGAACUAUCUGAAGGAGGUCGAAGCCAAGUACAAUAAUCUACUAUGCCAAAGGCCGGAGAGGUCGGCAGCAGACGUCAACAAAGAUAAGAGAUAGUGUGGAUUUCAUGCCGCAGCUUCUGGCUCUGUUCCCAAAGAGGAAGCUGCUGUAGCAGUCUGCUGCGACUACUUGAGUCCGGAGAGCUUCUGGAUGUUCUAUAAGCUUGUCCUCUCACUGCUGUUGCCCCCCCUUUGUCCAUCGCAGUCGCCCAGGGAAGGAGAGAGGAGAGUGAAAGCAGAACGUUUUGAGGGGUGGAGUCAUCGUCACCCACCUCCAUCAGCACAAGGCAAUCAGGGACACGGGGCUGCUCCCUCCCAGAAUAGAAUCACCUCGCUCCUCUGUGACCCCCCACCUCACCCCCUCCUCCUGCGAGAAAGAGAACUUAUACCAAAAUGUACAAAGAGAUGUGUUUUACAUAUAUACAUAUAUAUCUGCAUAUGUAUAUCUAUAUAUUUGAAACACGCAGCAAGAAAAGGAAAAAUUUAAGAUAAUGUAUUUAGAUUUUGUUUUUUUUUUUUAUCCCGUAUGUAUUUAUUUUCUUUUGUUUCAUUUUUUAAGUGUUUUCGUGCAUUGCUUGCAUGCGUUUUGGCCGUUGUGUUACAAUUUUGGCUGCUUCAGUCGCACAGGGUUGGUGUGUGUGUUGGAGUGCACACUGGCGCCGUGUGCAUGCGAGCUCCACUUGGAGAAAUGGCAGGAGUUUAUCCAGACGGCCUCAAAAAAACCAGACCCCACCGUGUCAGAACCCCCCGAACAACCGUGGAGUUAACUAGAAUGAAGAGUCCGACGGCUCUGAUCUGGUCCUGUUACAUUUCCAUCCGUUUUUUUUUGCCUCUUUUUUUUUUUUCCCGCCCGUGAACAGUUGGCGUCCGCCGUCGGAGCUUCGGCAGCUUCCGUUCUUUCCUCGGCCCUUUCACUCGCUUCCGCCUCUGAGGUGUCGGGCCGACCCGGCUCCUCUGAUCUCACUGCCUGAUACUCUAAUAUUGUCAUGAAGUUCAACAUAUACUGUACAAUGAUCAACUUGGAAGGUUAUGCAUCACUUUAAUAAAUAAACGGUGCCAUGACUCA